GAGCUGUUUCGUAGCAUUUCCGGAACGCAGUCGUUUCGUUUCGUUCUGCGUCACUCUGCGUUUUUGGCUGUUUUCAGUUGUCUGAAUUGCGAUACUCCAUGGAUAUUUUCGUCUCACCGCUACAUGGAAGGUUCAGCUGUGUAACGAUCAAUGGUAUAUCGACUAGAACUACUCUGAAACAGUUUCUCUGUGGGACUGAGGGAGUUUCUCCUGAAGAUAUUGUGGUAACACACCAUGGCAAGAUUGUGCAGCAGGAGGAUACCAUUCAGCCAGGAGGGGUGUACAGGGUCUGGCCUCGACUGGUUGGAGGCAAAGGAGGUUUUGGGUCUAUGCUGCGAGCCAUUGGUGCACAGAUCGAGAAAACCACCAACCACGAGGCCUGCAGAGACCUGAGCGGCAGGAGGAUGAGGGACGUCAACGAUGAGAAAAGACUGCAGGAAUGGCUGGGGAAGAAAGCUGAGCGGGAGAGGGAACGUGAGGAAGAGAAGAGGCGCAAGCGAGAGGAGCGGCUGGGCAGGAACAAGCACUUCUUUAACGACCCUGAGUACGAGCGACAGAAGAGACAGAUCGUGGAAGGGAUGUCUGACUCUCUGCAACAAGGACUUGAGAAAGCUGGACCAUCUGGCAGUGGAGCAGCGGCAGCCAGUGGAGCUGCACAGAAGAGGAAGGCAGGCCCGGCUGCCUCGGGCACCAAGAAGCUCUGUACCUGGGUUGGUCUGGAAGGAAUGGAGGACUUGGACAGUCUUGACAGUGACAGUGACGACGAAGAAUUGUCUGCCAGACCCAUGGAAGCUGCAGCAUCAUACGACGACUCCAGCAGCUCCAGUGGGGGGUCCAGCUCUCGACAGUCUACUGGAAGGGCCAGUGCCUCUGCCAGCUGUGCCAGUGCUGCAGCUAGCAGUAGUGCUGCCUCAGGUCUGUGUGCAACAGAAGACACUGAUACAAGUUCAUCUGAAGCCAUCUAUGAAAAAGACACACCAAGUUCUUCUAAAGAGGACUGUGAAGGUGACAGUAAGAACCCACUGCUGCAGCCCAGAAGUGGUGUUAGUGAUGGUGAGGCUGGUGUGCAACAGGACAGCCGACCAGGUCUACUUCAGGUGCUGAGUCCACCUAAGAACGAAUUUCUAGUCACCAGCAACAAGAAAGAAGCUGACAAGUCAGAGCCAAAGAAAGAAGUGGAGCCUGAAGCCAUUGAUCUAAGUGAGUACAGCUCAGCAGGAGAGUUGGAGUCCCUAGGACUGGACAGACUGAAGGGAGGUCUGAUGGCCCUGGGGCUGAAGUGUGGGGGUACGCUGCAGGAGAGAGCCAGCAGACUGUUCUCUGUCAAGGGGCUGGAGAGACACCAGUACGACCCAGCACUGCUGGCCAAACCAAGCAAGGGGAAGAAGAAAAAGCAGUAGAAAUACUCCACAAACUUCAGUUGCUCUGGACUGUAUGUUGGCAGGUUUGUAGUACAUUAACCAUUAGGGCCUUGUACCAAAUACCUGCGAAAAUAUUUCGGUACAUCUGUUCCUGAACAAAAAAA